AUGGAGGGGAGCCCCUCCCGGCGCCCGGCCCUGCCCCGCGAGCGGACAGCGAGGCUCCCGGGACUCCGGAGUCCGCGGGCCGGGAACGAGGCGCGCGGCCGCCGACUCCGGCCGGGGUUGCCCGGCGCCGACCCGAGAGGGCCGGCUCUCCCCCCGCCCCUCCGCCGGCAGCUCGCGUGCGGGGGGGGGGGGGGGGGUGGGGCGGCUGGCUGUGCGCGUGCGCGCGGGCCGGGCGCGGCCGUGGGCAGCGCGGGGAACCCACGCGGCCCGGCCACCGGCGGGCGGCGCGGUGGCUCCUCCGGCGCCGGCCUGCAGGGGGCGCCGCGCUCGCGGGGCCGCGGCCUCGGGCGCGGAGGAGGGGCCGCGAGGCCGGCGCGGAAGCGGUCUCGGCCGCGCGUCUCUGGAAGGUCGCGCGGAGUCUGGAGGCUGGUGCUCGCCCGCAGGACGGGGACGGCGCUUUCCCGCUUGUCACCAGCUAGUCCGCUCUCGUGUUCCGCGGCCGGAGGGGGACGGGAGCUGGCCGGGGAGGUCUCCUCCUGGCCGGUGGGCUUUGCCUGCCUGCUCGGAGCUCUGGGUGGGGAGGAGAGCUCUUCUUCUCUAGUGCACGGCCGCGCCGGGCAUCGGAAAGUUUCCUACCAGCUGGGGGACGGAGGCGGACCAAGUGCGAGCCUGCUUACAGGCUGGGACGACCUGAAAGUACCAGAAGUGUCGCCGGCCAGCCGCGCCCCCGGCUUCCCCAGCAGUCACCCCCUUUCCUGUUCGGGCGGGCCCUGGGCCGGGGGCCGGGGAGACCUGGCAGUCCCGCCGCCCGCCCGAUGGGCUUCGCGCCGCCACCCACGGGGACUGCCCGCCCUGCAGCUUCGCUCGAGGAGGACGGUGGAGCCACGAUCCCAGAGGAACAGAGUCCGCGUCCUCGCAGGGCACCGAGGGGUCUCGAUCCGGCCCAGGGCCUCUGCAAAUACUCCAGAGGGGCGCCCGGGCCAAGAGUACCCUUGGAAUAGAACCUCGGACUCCGGGGUGUCCACGUCCCUUUCUCACUUCAGAAGUUCACCUGAGCUUGGGGUGGUGACUGUCCCCCGUCCCGAUCGAUACGGACCCAGCAACCAAGGCCAAAGAAAAGCAAUGCUAAUUCGACUUCUGAAGGCCGCUCUGGGUGUUCAGAUAACAGUCUCAAAGUCCUUGCCGGGCAGUGUGUACGGAGAAAAGGGGAGCAAUGGGUCCUCUUCAUUUUAUUAUGCAAAUUGUGCUCUCAGUAAAAUAAAACGCAGUCUACGGAAGCAGAGCUCGGCCCUGGGACCCCCAGAAGCCGCCGCCUAUUCGAGAGAAGCCGCUUCGGAGGGCCGCAAACCACAGCAGGGGCCAGGCAGGGGGACCCUGCGGCUGCGGAAGAGAGACCCCCCCCCCCAAAGCAAACCUUUCUAGGGAACGUCCCAAUGUGACUUCCUAACCCUGGAUAGGAAUCGCUUGCUGGACCCUAGCACUGACAUCCCAGUGUUUUCGAAUUUUGGAGACUUGAAUAGUCAAUGUUUUUCCAAGUGAAGUUUUACUUGUUUCUGCGAUGUGAAUUUCAAAUAAAGGGAACAGAGCCUAAGC